GCACGUGUACUACUUUUUUAUUCUACUGUAGGUACUUACAUUAAACUAAGUUGUUAUCAUAAUUUAGAAAAUGCCUAGUAAAAGAAAACGUGAUACUAGCUGUGAAGAGAUUAAAAAUAAAAUUAGGAAAUUACAAUCUGAAUUGAAAGAAAAAUCCAAGCGUAAGCGCUUGAUUAUUUACUCGGACAGUGAACAAUCGGAUUUCGAAAAUGAAGAAACCAAUUUGGUUCAUAAUAACGAUGACAUAGCAUCGCCUGACGAUCAUUUGAUACCACUGAGUAACGAUGCGCCUGCGACACCACAAGCCAUUCCUGCGGGGUCACAAGAUUUAGAAUCAGAAUUAGACAGCGAGGUACUCGCUUUACUGGGCGAUGCUCCUAAACUUGAUAUUAAGUUUGGCAAACCUACCCACAGAGACUUAGCGUCUAGGUGGCAGGAAAUCCUUUCUAAAGGACUUCAGAAACCUGUAAAAGAUAAACUGAUGGACGAGUACUUGAUACCGGCAAAUUGCGAUAUGCUUGUGGCUCAAACAUUAAAUCCGGAAGUGAAAGUCGCCUUAGCAGACAACAUGGUAAGAAGAGAUGCUUCUCUAUUAGCCAAGCAAAAACAGUUAUCAGUAGCUAUAGCUGCCAUUAAUCAAGCAAUCGAGUUAACUAUUGCGAAAGAAAGUCACUCUAAAAUAUUGAAGCCGAUUAGCGACGCAUGCAGGUUACUUUGCGAUAGUCACUACAGUGACACAAGAACACGUCGUGGCUUUGUCAUUUCUUCAAUUAAUCCGGAGCUGAAAGAAACUCUCACAGAGUCCAAUCGAGAUAAACUACUUUUCGGAGAGGAUAUAUGUGAAAAAUUAAAAUCGGCCAAGAACAUUAGAAGAUCUGCAGCCGAUCUUAAACAGAUUAAAAAUGAUAAACCAAAUGUAUUUAACAAAAAUAAUUUUAUUAAACCGAACAAGAACCCAAAGGCUCGUUUAAACUGGAAAACGAUGCCUCGGAAGAUUACACCAAAAGCGGAAGCGGACAGAACUCGUCGGUCUCAGCGCGACUCUCAACAGCGGGGACGUCGGGACAUACCGGAGCGGUCGGCAGCAGGGAGCAGCAGGAGACGGUAGAUCCAGAGGUUGUCACACAACUUGGACAAGACGCUCAUCUUGGUUGCCGUGAAAUUGUCAGGAGAUCGUUAUUACGCAAAUCUUUAAACGAUACAUCGAUCAAUAUAAUUUUGUCUUCCCUUACGGGAAAUACGUAUAAACAGUAUAACUGUUGUAUCAAAAAUUGGAUUAAUUUUGCUGAUUCAAAUAAUAUAAACUUUUUAGAACCAUCUAUAGCUAAUGUAAUUAAUUUUUUGUCAUCUCUUUUUUCUAACGGGGCACAGUACGGUACGAUUAAUUCCCAUAAAUCGGCAAUAUCUCUGUUGUUGGGAUCAUCUUAUCUUAACCACGAGAGCGUGAAACGAUUUAUGAAAGGAGUUUUUCACCUUAGACCAACUGCCCCAAAGUAUAAUUUAACCUGGGAUCCUACUACCGUUCUGAAUUAUUUAGCUAAUCAAUGGCCCAAUGAAUCUCUUAGUUUAGAAAAAUUAUCUAAAAAGUUAUCUACUCUUUUAGCGCUCGUGACUGCACACCGAGUACAAACCCUAUAUUUAAUAAAGCUAUCUAACAUAAAUAUAAUAGAGGAUUCAGAUGUUGUUAUUAAAAUUCCCGAUCGUAUAAAAACAACCCGUUUGAAUUCAGAACAACCGGUACUAAAGUUGCCGUUCUUUAAUGAAAAUCCACCUAUAUGCCCAGCAAGAUGCCUUAUCUCAUACAUCAAUGCAACAAAUAAACUGCGUUGGGAAGAAGAUGAUAAUUUGUUUAUAAGUUACCGGAAACCUCACCGAAAGAUAACAUCUCAAAGACUUAGCAAAUGGAUUAAAGAUACUUUACAGGAAAGUGGACUUGACACUUCAGUUUUCACAGCACAUAGUACUCGGCAUGCAGCCACGUCCAAGGCUAACGCACUAGGCGUUAGCUUAGAUAUAAUUCGUAAAACGGCUGGUUGGAGCGAAUCUUCUUCUACUUUCGCAAAGUUUUAUGAUCGAAAAGUAUUAACUGGUACUAAUCAAUUUACGCAAGCCAUUCUUUCCAACCAACCACGUUAAUUUAAUUCCUUUAUGUUUUAUUUUGAUUAAGAAGAGGUAAAAAUUAUAAGAACACUUUCAUUAGAAGUAAAUAAAACCUAUUUUAUUGAUA